AUGGGAGGUCGGGGUAAGACUGUGGCCAAGGCAAAGCCUGAGCCCAAGCUGCCCGCUAGGGGACCCAAAAAAACUGCAAAGCAGCAGCCUAGCAUUUCCCCUUUGCUAGAUGCCGAGAAUGAAGCAGCAGUUGCUACUUCAGGUGCUGAAUACAAUUUGGAUUUGAUCACGGCCGCAAACAGGGCCCUGGCAGAGCUCGCGGAGAUCAAUUGGCCCGGCGUGGGGUCGGAAGAUCCUGUGGCGCUUGGGUCGAUGUACCGUGACAACAAUGAUGAGGAAAAGCUGUCAAAAUGGAAGCACUUUGCUCUCUCAGUUGAAUUCGAAUACUUCAUUGCCACCAACGACGAGGACAUCUACUUCAUGGCAAUGAACCUGAGGCAAGACCUGCUAGCCGACCGUGAGGCCAUGGUUCACACCACCUUGCAGAAGGUGAUCUCUGUGUUGCAUUGCAAGCAACGAAUGGAACGUGUCACAGAGUCCUUUGUGGAGACUGCCGUAGCCAUGUCGAAGAAGAUCCUGGCGCACAAGCAUCUGAUGGAACUGUACGAUGGCUGGAAGAAUGGCCAUCUUGGAGCUGACAUGUUGACUUGGAGGGGUAUCAACAAUGCUCUUCAUGGAAAAGGGACUUGCGAUCUCUUUGUGGGUCAGCUGGAACUACGGGAAUAUCUCUUUGCAAAAGUGAUUCCGAAAUGUGGCUACAUGGGCGAGAAGGUGGAUUUGACCUGGAGAGCAGGAUGGCCCAAGUCUGCGGAGCUCUUCUGGGCUUUUUUGGAGGCUUCAGAAUGGGUGACCAACGGCGAAGUGGAGAACCGCUUGGAUACCAUCAAAGAGCAAGUUGCCAAAGAGAAGAAGGCGUCAAAGUCGAACAACGAUGAAAAGAAUGAUGACACCGGCGACGACGAUGACGUUGUGAUGCAGGAUGUUCCUGGCACCAAUGCCGAGGAAGAGGAGGAUGAGUCAGGUACAGGUCACCUGAAGGUUCAAACUCAAGGCAUGCAAUAUGGUGAGAACCCACGUGACACCAAGGUCUGUGGGGAGGCCGGUACCCAACCGGCACUCCGAUUGCCCCCUCUGCGGGAGGGCCGCCACCCGCGCCUCUUUCAGGCGGCAUUGUCCUUGAGGCAGGAGAAUGGCUCCAUGCUACCCGGUGACAAGGUGGAAACUUGGUCGGCUCCAUUCGUUCUGAAGAAGGAGAUCUACGGGAAAGGGAACCGAAUUGGUGUUGGUGGGAAAGGUGAGGAAUUGGAAGGCUUACAGAAAGGUUCCCGACGAAAGGAUGAUGACAUUGAGCCGGUUGCAUAUCACGCCCUGCCGUCCAAGGUCGGCUAUCUUAUGAAGUGGCUGGAAACCAAGUGCUGGGGUGCCAUGUAUGAUCCCGAGUCGCCGCUCUAUGAGCCCACGUUAUCGGCCUUGCUUCGAAAGAAGUCCUCGAACAACAAGAAGGCCCAAUCGCCCAACCUGUCAGAGGCUGAAGCCUACUACAUGAGUGAAAGUGACCCAGCCCUUCGUGAACGUAUCCGAAAGCUUUAUCGCCCGAAAAAGCUGUCUAAGGUGAUGGACUGCUUUCAGUACGGUGGCCUGCCUCAGCGCCGGCCACGUCUUUGGAUUGUUGGGCUGAACAAGUACGCCGUCAAGAGAAAGUUCAAAUGGCCAAAACCAUUGAAGAAGUUCCGGAAGGUCAAACUCUCUGACUUUCUUGGGAGGAAGAGCGAUGACUUUCAGUUUCCAACUUCUCAAGGGGGGCGGAAACGAUUGAGGGCUGGCUUGAAAAGGAUCAUCAAUGAAUACCAAGGGGACACCGAUGAUUGUUGGGUGGUGGAUUGCGCUGCCAGCAAGAAAUUUGCUGGGAAGCCAGCAUUUGAAAUGUCCCCAUGCUUGACCCGAACGCGAUCUGGUGGAGAUUCAUUUUGGAUCACAUCCCAUCGGCGUUUCCUCAAUCUGCAGGAGAAAGCGAAGCUACAAGGAUGGUCUUCAUGCAGGACGGAGGAUUUGUCAGAGAGACAAUUUGCCCUCGCUCUCGGCAAUGCAUGGCCGCGCCCUGUUGCUGAAAGAAUUAUCGUGGCACUCAAUAAGUGCAUGGGAUGGAUGCCGGAAUUGGCUGAUCCCUAUUUGUGA